UUUUUUUAUAUCAAAAAAUCAAAUGGCGAUUACAAAGAGAAUUACAAAAAAAAAUAUGAAAAACAUAGAAGUUAUCGUUAUUGAUGAACAGGCGCUGGAAUUUACUCCUGUAGACUUGACUGCAGAAGAUUUUUUAAAAGAAUUAGAAAAAAAAACAGUUAACGAAAUUAAAAAUGAAAUUAUGGAAAAAGGAUCAUCGGAACAAAACGUUCAUUUACAAACUAAAAAAAAAAAGAGCAAAUACAAGCUCAAAAGAAAUAGAGCGAGAAAAAUAAAAUUUUUGCAAAAGCAAAUUCAAGACGGACUUGAAUAUUUAAAACAAAAUUGUAACUAGUUUUUUUUGUAAUUAGUUUUUUACAAUAAAAUAUAUUGUUUAUUUCUUUUUUUUUUUUUUUAACGCUGCAUUUCUUUCAUGUUUUCGAUUAACGUAAGCAUCGUUUGAUAUUUUCCAUCGUUUUACUUUUUUACCAACGCGUCCUAAUUUACGAUUAGAUUUGUUAUCUUUAUAUGUUUUUUUAGUUUUUCGUAAACAUACUAAUAUAUUUUUACAAUUGCUUGGU